CUCUUUCAAGUGAAUGAUCAGCAAUCAGCACACCGUGUGUUUUGCCGGCUCCUUGGGAACACUGUUACUAGAAAUCUUAGGACCAUGCUUGGCUUGAGCACGGUCACCGCCCGCAGCUUCUCGCUGUCCGCGACAAUGGGUCAGAUCAAGAGAGUGACGGUCAUCGGUGGAGGAGCCAUGGGUUCGGGAAUCGCUCAGGUAGCCGCGCAGGCUGGCCAGCAAGUUACCAUCGUUGACCAGAAACAAGAUCUCUUGGACAAGUCUCUAAAGGGGAUUCAAACAUCCCUGCAAAGAGUCGUGAAAAAGAAAUUCGCUGACGAUCCGAAGACCGGUGAAGAGUUCUUGAAGAAGACCCUGGGCCUGAUCAAAACCUCAGUAUCUGCUGAGGAUAGUGUGAAAGAUACCGAUCUCGUUGUGGAGGCCAUCGUGGAGAACAUUGAGAUCAAACAGAAACUCUUCGCCUCGCUCGACAAGGCCGCGCCGGCCAGUGUCAUCUUCGCGUCGAACACCUCCUCUCUGUCCAUCACGGAAAUCGCUUCGGCAACGGAUCGUAAGGAUAGAUUCGGAGGUCUCCAUUUCUUCAACCCCGUGCCUGUGAUGAAGCUCUUGGAGGUUAUACGUUGCUCGGAGACGUCCGACGACACCAACCAGAAGAUCACCGAUUGGGGGAAAGCCAUCGGCAAAACCACGAUCGCCUGCAAAGACACUCCCGGAUUCGUUGUCAACCGUCUCUUGGUACCCACCAUGAUGGAAGCCGUACGGAUGUUGGAACGUGGAGAUGCGUCCGCUCGAGACAUCGAUAUCGGGAUGAAGUUGGGAGCUGGACAUCCGAUGGGUCCCUUCGAGUUGGCUGACUAUGUCGGACUUGACGUGACGAAGUUCAUUAUCGACGGAUGGCACAAGAAGUUCCCGGACAAUCCAUUGUUCAAUCCCUCGCCCCUCUUGAAUAAGCUCAUCGCUGAGAAUAAACUGGGAAUGAAAACCGGCGAAGGAUUCUACAAGUAUGACAAGAAGUAAUGUGAAUGGGAAGGACUCGGGAUCAACCAACCGUCGGGGGCAGCCUCGUCUAGCUCACAGAAUUCAUAUAUUUCGAGCUGAAGUCUUUUUUCUACCUCCAUCGCGUGCAAUACUGCUCCGUACAGCCAAUAAAAUGCCAUUUUAUCGAUUCUUUUAGAAAAA